AUUUAUUUUCCUUCUCAGGGAGACAAUUCAUCGCCGCAAAGGAUCACUUUUAAUUGUUCUCUGCAGCAAAUUCUCCUCAUUUCUGAACCUACCAACUGCCAAUUACAGUGUAAAUUCUCAACAGCCAAACUUGUGCUUUUUGAGGGUGUCCUCAUUUUGUUUUUUAAACAGCAAAUGUAAUUGACAAAAAGCCAUUUGGAUGUAUACAAAGUUCAUUAUCUCUGCAGGGCACCAAGUAGCAAAAUAGAAGGCAGAUUUGCUUUUAUUCUAGCAUGAUCUUUGGAAUGGUUGUUGCCAGAGUGCUCAGCGGCACACGGUGCGAGUUUUCAAUCUCAUUGCCCAAAGAAGCAUCCUUUUUCAUUGAUAAAAUGAAGCUGAAUGGUUCAGUUAAACACAUCUCCCACUCCAGACUUUAGGUACUUGCUGCCACCCCAUAUAUGCCAGCAUCAGUUUUCAUUAGAGAAGUCCCCUGUUGAAAUGGGGCAUUGCAGCAAAGAGUCUGGUUGAUUAAAUGAAUUAUAUGUACAACUGCUAUCAUACCUCGCCACUUGAGGUUUCAAAUUAAUUAGCAACGGCCUGUGGGCGCUCGUCCUUCUGGACCAGUGAAGUUUGAAUCAAGUCCUGCCUUGUCAGAUGCUCCAGGAGAAUUGACAGCUGCUCCCCCCCGCCCCCCCCGUCUUACAGCACUUCCAGUGUUACAAGUCUGACUUUUAAGAACUAAUGUCCUUUAACAAACAGACUCCUCUGUAACUGCUGCAGACCUGUGAUGGUGGAGGGCUGAAGGCAGGGGCUCGGAUGAAAACACACUGUAUUCGUUUUGUUUAUUGGGAAUCAUUGCUUGUUAGUUGGAUGCUGUGUACUGCAAACUGCCGACCCUGCCUUGCAUUGACCACUGUAUAAUAGCUACAGCUUAAAACCAGGUUUUGCUUUCCAAUAGAAAGCAAAACCUGGUUUUUCUCGGUGCCUAGAAAGUAGCUCUUUAGGGGGCAAUACACAUUAAGUUCCAAAGUGGGGAUCAAAUCAAAGUUUUAGCUUGUUCCACUGUAUCAAGCUGGCAUUUAUAAAUCAGGGCUGGGUAAUUCAUCCACUGUCAGAGGUUGAUGGGCCCUUCUACUAAAGAGGUUGUAUCAGGAAAGAGAUUCCAGCCCUGCAUUUCCAGAGACUUGCUGACAGAGCUCUGCUUUCUCUUUCAGCAAAGUACCUUAAAGAUGGAUAUAGAAGACUACAAUGGACGCUCCUACAUAUCUGGUAGUGGGGAUUCCUCUCUGGAGAAGGAGUUCAGCUCGGCGAUCGUGGGACCCACGGUGAGCACCCCAAACAGCCAGCACUCCUCCCCAAGCCGCUCCCUGAGUGCGAACUCUAUCAAGGUGGAAAUGUAUAGUGAUGAAGAAGCCAGCAGGCUGCUGUCGCAGGACGACCGCCUCCUCGAGAAAGAGGACAGCGUGAUUGUGGAGGACUCCCUCUCUGAGCCCCUGGGGUACUGUGACGGCACGGGGCAGGAGCCUCACUCUCCAGGCGGCAUCCGGCUCCCCAAUGGCAAGCUGAAAUGUGACAUCUGCGGGAUGGUGUGUAUCGGCCCCAACGUGCUGAUGGUGCACAAACGGAGCCACACGGGAGAGAGGCCGUUCCACUGCAACCAGUGCGGAGCUUCCUUCACGCAGAAGGGAAACCUCCUGCGCCACAUCAAACUGCACUCUGGCGAGAAACCCUUCAAAUGUCCCUUCUGCAACUACGCCUGCCGCCGGCGAGACGCGCUCACUGGCCACCUCCGCACGCACUCAGUCUCCUCCCCCACAGUCGGCAAGCCCUACAAAUGCAACUACUGCGGCCGGAGCUACAAGCAGCAGAGCACGCUGGAGGAGCACAAGGAGCGCUGCCACAACUAUCUGCAGAGUCUGAACGCUGAGCAGCAGUCGCUGGCCAGCCAGCAAGGUGAUGAGAUGCGAGACCUGGAGAUGGUGCCAGAUUCUCUGCUUCACCCCUCGUCCGAUCGGCCGACGUUCAUCGACCGGCUGGCGAACAGCCUCACCAAACGGAAACGCUCCACACCUCAGAAAUUUGUGGGGGAGAAGCAGAUGCGAUUCAACCUCUCCGACCUCUCCUUCGAUGUGAACUCCAGCUUCGAGAAGGACGUGGAGCUAGUGGCUGCCCACCACCCCAUCGACCCCAGUUAUGGCAGCUCUCUGUCGUUUGUUGGGUCCGAGCACCUGCGCCCCCUCCGCCUCCCCUCCACAAACUGCAUCUCGGAGAUCACACCUGUGAUCAGCUCCGUCUACACCCAGAUCCAGCCCAUCCCGGGCCGGCUGGAAAUCCCGGGGAGCCGAGAAGCCGCUGAAGGCCAUGAGGACAUUCCUGAGGGGGCGCAGAUUGUGUACCGGGGGCGCGACCAGGGCGUGUCACCCAGCAACGGCUGCCAGGAUUCCACAGACACUGACAGCAACCACGAAGAGAGGACCUCGCAGCUGCCGGCGGGGAACUGCACCAGCAGCCGGCAGAGCCCAGCCUACGCCAAAGAGGACCCCAAGCUGCAGGAGGGCACCCCUGCUGCCCGAGCAACGCCCAGCUCAGCCAAAGACGUCCUGCGUGUGCUGAACGAGGAGGGGGAGCAGGUGAAAGCCUUCAAGUGCGAGCACUGCAGGAUCCUCUUCCUGGACCACGUGAUGUUCACCAUCCACAUGGGCUGCCACGGCUUCAGAGACCCUUUCGAGUGCAACAUCUGUGGCUACCACAGCCAGGAUCGGUACGAAUUCUCCUCCCACAUAGUGCGGGGCGAGCACAAAGUGUAGGCAAACUCAGUCCUCCCCCUUCGCCCUGACUGCCCUGUGACUCCUCCCCCUGGCUCUAGCUCCGCCCCCCGGUGGGCAUGGACCGUUUUUUCUUUUAUACUCCUUUGCACUGACUUUGGCUACAAAAUAUUUAAAAAAAAAAAAUCAAUAAUUAAAAAAAAAUCACGAGGGGAGCUCUUAA